CUCCAAAAUGCACUGGGAUGCUGUGAGGAGGCGUGGAGAGCUUUAUGGAGCACUUGUUAAUACAGAACAUCUUUAUUCUGAAGGAAAAGAAUAAAACCCAGUAGUUGUAGCUUCCUCUUCAUAGAUGAUAUCGAUGAUCUUGAAGAAGACUGAGGACAAGACUAGUACUAGACCAAGGAGCUUUGUGAUAUUAGUCGAUGUAGAGGAACACGAAAGAAGAGCCACGCCCAACAUUUUUCAUACGCUGCCAUGGAGCUACCUGCGGAGCUCUUGGAUACAGCCCUUCUAGAUCCCUGCCACUGGAUCGAGGUACUCGCUUGGCGUGCGCGAGAGCAAGGGACGACCACUUCUAGUGUUGGUACUUACUUAAACUGAAGUGUUGAAUCAUUUCAAAAGAGGAACGUCUUCUAGACAAGAUUCACAUGUAAUAUACUUUACAGUUAUCUUUCUAGGAUUCAGCCUAAGCAAAGCCUACUUCUACUUGAAUCAAAGGAGGGUGUUAUUCACUGGACUAUGAAAUGACUCAAUCAGAGGUGAACAAGGACGGGAUCCGACAUAUGCAGUUCAAUGCGAGCCUCUGCAGACUGAGCUGAC